AUGGUUGAACUUCAGUCCAUCUUCAAAAAAGCCUACUGGUCGCUGGCCGCCGGUGGUUUCAUAUAUGUGAGCUUCAUAUUUGCCUUGACAUUCCCCCUUGUUCAAAGAUUUGCCCUCUAUGCACACAAGGUGAAUCCAGCUCUCUGGGAAGAUGUCAACUUGGUCGAAUCGUUCGGGUUCCUGAAGACACAGGUUCAGCCAUUCAACCUGGUUACCCCCGAUAACGAAACUCUAUAUGCGUGGCACCUCCUCCCCCCACAUCUGUGUUGGGAGCACGAGGAGAAGUUAAAUGCGAAUGAACCCUCCGGCCCGGCGGAUGACUAUACUAAAACUCCCGCCUAUGAGCUACUAGCAAAUGACCCGAAUGCCAGGGUCGUGAUCGUGUUUCACGGCAAUGCCGCUCACAUCGGCUCCUCUCAACGCCCGGAAAUCUAUCGUAUGCUUCUGGGCCUAUCAACACCGUCCAACCCAAUCCAUGUGUUCGCCAUCGACUACCGCGGCUUCGGCCUAUCCACCGGGACCCCCACGGAAGAAGGUCUAAUCACCGAUGGAGUCUCCCUGCUCAAUUUCCUCACCUCCAGCCCGUUCAACAUCCCACCGUCUCGAAUCGUCAUCACAGGCCAGAGCCUCGGAACAGCCGUGAGCGCGGCGGUGACCGAGCGCUUCGUAUUCGGUUCUCCUGACCCAACUGCCAUCCAGCCCGCCAUCAAGAACCCGGAACCCUUUGCUGGAAUAAUCCUCAUUGCAUCCUUUAGCAAUGUACCCAGCCUCCUGGAUACUUACAGUCUAAAGGGUCUUACACCCCCAAUCCUGUCCCCUCUCAAGAGCUACCCUCGUGCAAGGAACUGGACGAAGAGCCGUGUCAUUGAUCGUUGGGAUACCGCAGCGCGAGUUGCACGGUUGACUGGGGUUGGCCCGACGGCACAAAAUGAUUCAGCUAUCGAUUAUGCGGAUACGGGGUUGGAUCUUACCAUUGUGCAUGCGUAUAAUGAUGGGGAGAUCCCUUGGUAUGAAGGACGUCUCGUUUGGGUGGCUGCUACGGGAGAGAACGAUAAAGAUGCCCCUGGGUAUCUGAUCCACGAGAAGAAGGAUCCAAAGAGCCCGAAUGAAGUGCUUAUUUGGGAGAACAGAUCUAGCAAGAAUGCCGGUGUGGUUAAGAGUGUUAGGUGGGAGCGGGUGCCGUACGGUGGCCAUAAUCGUGUUGCAACAUUCUCCGUGGCUGCCCUUGCCGUGCUUAGGGCGUUUGAGCAGUGAUUAUGAGGACUUUCACGUGGUCACUUCUCCGUCGAUGAACUUCCUCCGUUAGAUCCAGACCCUAUAUAAAAAGUUGUAAGGCUACAGAUGAGAAUACAUGAUUCAUUUCUUACGUUCAGGAUGUAUAUGAGAGGAGAUGAAAAGACCUAAAUAGAUAUAUGUACAAUCCGAAAACCCAUCCAAAGCACAAUAGAUAACGAACACGUUGGUUUAAUCCCGCUCCAAAUUGAUUUUUAAAUAUAAUAUCUUCGUAAAGCCCACAGGGUCUAAAAUGUAUAUAAUACAUGACUCAAAUUGUCGAAAAGGUGGAAAAAAAACCGUUCCUCUAUCAAGCACUCAUUGAUGAACGUAAACCGGUUGAGGGAUAUGGCACAAGGAGACGCUCAAAAACAACUCCAGUAGUAAAACAU